UAAUUUUAUUUUAUUAAAUUUAGAUAUGCUCGCAGUCACAGACUAAAUAGGAAUGUUGUUUUUGGCAAAUCAGCGAUCGCGCCGACGAACUAUGAAGUUACAAAUUACAAAAUACCAGUGAUACAGUCAUAAGCCAUAAACUCAUAACUAUACAUUAUCAAAUUAAAGGCGGACAAUUUUAAGCAGAAUAAAAAAAGUCAGCUCUCGACAAAUAUAUUAACUACUUUAUGUCCAGUACAAGAGUAUUUUUAAUUAUAAACAUUAAUUAAUACAAAUUCGCAAGAAUGGAAGACGAUGUGACGAUUUUUGGCGAUAUUAUUGAUAAACUUUUUAAUACUUUCAGUGGCGUUGUUGAAAGAGAUGUAAUUGAAGCUGUUGUUAUUAGCUAUAAUGGUGAUCUUAAGCAAUCAGCCAAUGCAAUUAUGAGUUUCAUAGGUGACAAUACUGAAGCAUCAGGGUCACAACAGACAUCACAAUUUCAUGAUGAAUAUACUUCUACUCGUGUUCCUGAGACUUCUAAUAAUAUGAAUACUACGGAAUCAAAGAUGUCUUACUCUAGUAUAUCUCAUAAUGUGCAACCCCAUACACAAAAUAUAAAGAAAAUUACACAAAUUGGAAUUAACAGCAUACAAGAUGUGAGCAAAAUAGUGACCCAAUGUAAUAAUGGUUGGAGGGUCCUACUUCUGAUGAGAGGCCCUCCUGGAUGUGGGAAGACGCACUUAGCUCGGGAAAUACUUAAGAUGACUGUUGGUGAUACACACAUAAAAGAUAAACACCUAUUAAGUAGCGAUGAUUAUUUUAUGCUUAGAGGUGUGUAUUGCUUUGACAAGUAUAAGCUACAAGAUGCCCAUUUGUGGAAUCAAUGUAGAGCAUUUAGAGCAAUGACAAGUGGCGUAAGUCCCGUCAUAAUUGAUAAUACAAACAUUGAGCCGUGGGAAAUGGAGCCCUAUGUAAGGGCUGGAGUUUGCAAUGGUUAUUUUAUACAUGUCAUUUCUCCCAAAACUCGUUGGGCGAGAAAUGCAUAUCAACUCUUUAAAAGAAAUUCUCAUAAUGUACCAAUUCAUACAAUAAAACGAAUGGUGGAUAAUAUGCAGGAAGGUAUAACAGGUGAGGAAAUGAUAAAAGGCUUAGGAAUACACUAUUCGGCAGAAAUGACGCCGCCAGUUUUUAGGAUAUAUCCGGAGUUGCUACCACCCACAGUAGCAUCUCUUCAAAGAAGUGAAAGUGAAUCUAAUAAUGACAACCAACAAAACCAAACCCUAGGAAAUGAGGGUUCGAUUAUUACAACUCCAGACCCUGAUUCUCAUUCAAUUGAAAACCGUGUAUUGGAAUCUGAAGAAAAGCUUUCAGAUCCUUUAGAUAUCAACUGUCACAUUGAAGAGACAUCAGAUAACAACAGCUCCAAUCUUAAAACAGAAGCUGCAUCUUCUGAUGUCCUCUCUACAAACUGUGUUGAUAUUGAAAAACGUAUAGAAGAGAUUGAAAAAUUAGAGCAAGAGUGGGAUAAUGGAGAAAACUGGGAUGAAACUAAGAAACUUGCAGUAUUAAAUUCCGAAAAAGCAACAACAUCAAGUCCUGGAAUUGCUGAAUCUUCAACAUCUAAACCUCAGAGAAAAAGGCAAAUAGAGAAAUCACCGAAAGUUGUCUCUGACCAACUUGUAAUUCCUGCAGUACAUUCAAAUGAUUGGAGCAGGUUCCUAACGGUGGACCCUGAAACCCCCCGGGAGAUUCUUACAGAGGAUACAUUAGCUCCAGAAAAAACAUCUAGAAGUACGUGUAUCGAAGCAGGGGACAUGGAUUUCUCUCAAAUUAAAGACCAAUACAAAGUUAUUUCGGGUAAAGCGUGGGACAUAAAUCAAUUUACUAUUGAGAAAAAAGAAAAAAUACCUAUAAAACGAAUGCUCGAUAAAGGGACUACCACGAGUAAUGAAAUAAUUUCUAUGGAGCCCUUUAGAUGUCAAAACGCGGAACAGCAUUUCAAAGCUUUCAGAAAGAUGUUUAGCAAUAUUCCUUCUACAGAACUAAGGGAUAUUUUCGAGAACUGCUGUGGCGAUGUUAACUGGGCUGUCGAAAUCGUAAUAGAUGGCAUGACCAACAAUCAAUUUUGUUCAAUUCAAGAAGAGGCCUCAUCGGACGAUGAGGAGGAUGCAGAAAACGUCGAGCAGUGCGGGUGCCUCGCCGCGUAUAACAUCAUACCUGAUCAUCGUCCAGUCAUUCAGGAAAACAACCCCAUAGUAACAAAAGUCAGCGCGGAAAAUACGCCAAAAGCGACACCUAAAAGAACACGCAGAGAUGCAGCCGUCUCUGACGCCUCAUUACAAUUGAAGCGUCAAAUUGAAGAAAAUAUAGUAAUUUCUGAAAAUCAUUAUUCCGAGCAUCAUUUAAAGAUGAAGAACGCACGUAAUGGCGAACCAUGCACGAGCUCAACUGCCGAUGGCACAGAAGAGAAUCAACAGAUCCACUCGGCUGUCAAUUUGCCGAGCACUUCUGGCUCGUCAAAUAAUACAAGAGACGAGAUAUUGCAUUCGGACACAUCGGACGACGACGACACCGGCUCUUCCACAUCACCGUGUGAUGUCGUGAAAUCUAUUACCAUUAAUGUCGGAAUGGAUUUUAUAAAGCAGUUGGACGGGAUUUUCGGUCGAGAAGGAAUGAAGUACCCUGAAAAUAUUGAGCCGAAAUUGGAGAUGCCAGUGACCAUUUUGAACGAAAUCAAUGCCUUGUGGAUGGAGUCGAUGAUGCAUCAGGUCGAGAAAGACUCGAAACAAAGCCAAGAAAUGAUCGAGCAGGAUGCAGAUUUCGCCAGGUUACUAGUUGCGAAAGAAGAGGAAAUGCUCCUGAACGGCAAGGAGCCGGAAGUCCCGGAUUUCAAAGAGAUCAUGGACUUGGAUUUCGCUCUUUCGCUGUACCAAAAGGACAUUGCCGAAUGGCGCAACAGAGAGCCACCGGAUUUGGCGGCAAAGAUGACGAGGGAGAAACUAUACAACCUGUUCCCGGACGUGGCUCCCGAUAUUUUGUCGGAGCUCUUGAUGGCGCACGACAACAAUUUUCAAAAUACUGUAGAGGCCCUCUUAAUGUCGACGGGGAGGUCCAACAUUCUAGAAAUGAAGAAUGGUGUCAAUAAGUUCGUAAUGGAAAAAGAGAUGGACAGGAAGAAGCGUUUGGUUGAAGAACAGCGUAAGGCUCUGUCCGAAGUGGAAUGGCCGUUACUUCCGAUGGAACCGAAUCUAACGAUGGCGGACGUGGAACGAUUUAGGGAAGAGGCGAAUGGACAUCUGGCAGUGAGAGAAAAGAACUACCGCAAGGCGCAGGAGUACAUCCAGCGCGGGAUGCUGCCAGUGGCCUCUUACUACUCGGAGCUGGGAGCCAUGCACACGGCGCUCCACGAGCAGGCCAACAGCAAGGCCGCCAACUCGCUGGUUUACGUGAACGCCCAGCGCUGCAAGAACAACGCGACCAUCGACCUGCACCACUGCCGCGUCGGCGAGGCCCGUCAGUCCCUGGACCUGUUCUUAGACGUCCAUAUCAGAAAGCUCAAGGAGAUCAACGGCCGCAACGGGGUCACCUCCCACACUCUCUUCUUCCUCACGGGAAGAGGCAAGCACAGCCCCGCGGGGCCCAAGGUCAAGCCGGCCGUCAUGCAGCGCCUCAAGCAGAGGGGCCUCGCGUUUUACGAGUUGAACCUAGGUUUGUUGGCCGCCAAAGUCACCGCUAACCACCCUCUGACGGACGAGAUCACCUCACGGGCUUAACCAACGGAUUGAGCUUAACGGCCCGUUAUGAAAGUGUUUGACGUGUACACAAAAGCUGGUUAAAUUAAAAUGCGAAUUAAUGAUAUUAUAUGUGUGGAUCGAGUUCUGACAGAUUUUAGAAUUUUAAUUAUGAGCAGGUUUGGGUUAUUUAUAUUAUAUAUUUUUUUAUAUCUUUUGUUAUAUAUUAUAUUAUGUACAAAUCAAAAGAGGCUUCAUGUUAAACCGUUUGUUUAUGUUGAUAUUCAGUAAAUCGUUCGGAUUUUGAGCCCCAAGUUACCGAUGUUUUAUAUGUUUGCUAUAAUUAUAAUACACUUUAUAAAGAUAUUUAGGGUUAAAUAAGUGUUGUAUUAGAAGAUUCUAGUUAUAAAAUAUCUAAUAUUAAGUAUCAAAACCAUUUUGGUGGCCUAAUUAGGUCAUCUUCAUAAUUAAUAUUUAAAAACAGCUCAACUGUAGCUCAAAUGUGUCUACGUAAUUACCGAUUAAAUUUAACUAGUUGGCUAAAAUAUUAAAAUUAAUAACGUCACAAAACCCACGGACCACAGUUUAUUGUUAAAACGUUGUUUAGUUUAAAAUCCUAUCCACUUCUUACGCUCUAUUGGUGUGUCCCUUUUCAUCAUAUAGUGGAUAUAAUUUGAUAGAAAGAAACGGAUAUACACUAUGUAUAGGCUGGAAUAGCGCACAAUGACAUAAUUUGACAGAAUUCAACGGUAAUAUUAUUUUUACGGGUUUUUUCAUUAGAGACAAACCUGGGUAAGUGAGAGCUCAAGGGACCGCGAUCUUAUUUUCACUCACAGAGCUUUCUCACUAACCCGAGCUUCUCGCUUACAACUCUGUUAGCAAAUAGACGCACACUUGCUUUGAAUUAAAUAAGAGUCCUACGAAAUUUCUACGAAAAAUACUUAAACGACCCCUAAAUAGCGAAAGUUAAACACGAUUAACUGUCGCUUUCAGAGGUUCACUCGUGAAAAAUGUCCGUCACUUAUACAUGAUACAGGAUUCAUGUUUUCGCUUACCCAGUUGUCACUUACUCAGGUUUGAUAGUUAUUUUAAUAACAUGUAGUUAAUAACAAGUUAAGUAACGCAAUUUUAUCAGUUGAUACGUCUGACCAUUAUUAUGGAAGAUAUAAGUACAAUUAAAAAUACUGUACAAUUUUUUUUGUGUAAUUGUAGUUCGUUUGUUGCUCUAUUUGUUAUGUUUUAGGUAAGAAGCGACUUUAUGAAUAAGCAUGGAUUCUUUAAUUUCUUUUAAUAUUUCAAAUCUUUAUUUAAAAUGCCUAUUAUAUAUCCACUAUUUCUUUUUAGUCUAUAUACUAACAGUCUACAAUAUAACUUUAUUAAUAAUACUUUAAACUAAUGUUUUAUAUAGAAUUUUGACGACAAUGAAUGAUUUCGUGUUUUUUAUGUUAGAAUAAAAAUGCCGCAUCUAUUCAGUUUGAGAACACUAACAUUCGACGCAUGCGCAAUGGCUUAAAAACGUCGCACAGGCGACGAUAUUUUAUUUAAAUAACAAGUGAACGAAAUGUUUUCCCAAAAAUCAAUACAAAAUAAUUUCAUUAA